AGUAUCGAAAGAAUCACAAGGAAAAUGUCGCGGCUAAACUCACAGAACGGUGAUCAUGUUCUCCUCCCGUCAGUGUUGCGUGACAGAUUAAGAUGAAAAGCAUUGCAAAAGCCAAACAGGAGGAGAAGAUGUCAAAGGACUUUGCAGUGAUGGAGCCAGCAGCACUUAAAACAUAUGAGGAAGAUCUGAAGAGCAUGAACGCUCAGUCAGGUGAGAGUUUAACUGCGACUGACGCUCCUGUUAGUCCACAAACUAAAGCACAACAUAAAGCACAAAGACGAGAAUUUAAAUUGCACAAAGAGACUUCAAGCAUCAGCAAUAAUAAUAAUCCGGUGGAUGUUUGGGUGGAGGGAACCACUGAUGACGGACAGAUUUACUACUACAACACCAUCACAGGAGAGUCUCUGUGGGAGAAACCAGACGGCUUUCAGAGUCAGAACACACCACCAUCAUCAUCAUCAUCAUCAUCAGCUGCAGGACAAAUUCAGGAAUCUUCAGUGACUUCAUGGAUGGAGGCUGUGAGUCCUGAAGGAUACAUGUAUUACUACAACACUGAGACCGGCGAAUCGAGCUGGGAGAAACCAGAGAACUUCAGUCCUUCAGAUGGAUCUCCUCAUGAGGAUUCAGGAGCAGCGGAGGAUCCUGAGUCUCUUUCUGCAGGAGAAAACUCCUCUGACGCUCCGAAAGACACAACAGAACCAGAACCAGCAGAAACCAAACACACCCACGUCCCAAAGAUCAGUUUCAGGAAAAGGAAAGAGCCGACUGAAUCAUCAGCAGAUGAAGGAAGUGAGGAACAGGCUGAUGAAGGAGGACGAGAGGAAGAAGAGGAGGAGAAAGAGAGUGACAGACGUGUGACUGAAGCAGUGGAAGAACACGUGAUGCUCGUGAAGAAACCCAGACAGAACAUCAAUCCAUACGGAGUCUGGGAGCAGAUCCAGCCUGAGGACGAUCCAUAUGAGAAUGUGGAUCUGCAGCUGCUGCAGGUGGAGAGCGCAGUCGCUGCAGCCGCUCCAUCUGACGUCCCGCCGGAGCCCGGAAUGAAGUUUAAAGAGCGCACCAUCACAUCACUGAGAGACGAGGGCAGCGCUGGAGCCACAUUCAAGAUGAAGAAGACCGAGAACGGCAAAUCCAGGAGUCUGAGACAGAGAGGGAAAGAUGAGUAGAUGAUACGGAGACUGUGAGGGGACGUUCAAGUGUUUCUCGUUGAAGGAUUUUUAUGGUGAUCCGCUGCAGCAUCAGUCAUUUUUUUCAGUGUAGAAUUUUUAUGUUGAUAAAUCGAUGGUGGAGAAUAUUUUUUAAUCACCUCUGUUUCUGCUUCAAAAUGAUUUUGUUCAUCUUUACAGGGAAAAAUAGAUUUGGUGUAAGAAACACUCUGGCUGGUUUGUGAGUGUCUUGUGUGUUUUUGAAUAUUUUUUAUUGUGGGCAUGAGGAAUCAAAGCCAUAAUUUUCACUAUUAAAUGAUGAGAUGAACUCUUAGAAAUGCGCUUGUGACUUUCAUUGUAGACUGUAUCCGUCUCAAACUAAAAGAGAGUUCACUCACUCAUCUGUCAUCAUAUACUCACCCUCAUGUCAUUCAAACACAUUUGACUUUUUCUUCUAUGGAACACAAAAGCAGAACAUCACCCUCAGUCAUCAUUCACUUGUAUUGCAUCGUUUGGUAACACUUUACAAUAAUAAACUAAUAAUGCAUUCAGUAUCGUGUACUAACAAAGAACACAUUUUUUAGGAGCUAUUCAUUUUGGUUAAUCAAUUUAUGAAAAUAUAAUUUAUUGUUAGUUUCAUUUCAUAAUACAUUAAUGUUAACAUAUAGUAAUAUUUUUUAAUAUAGUCAUAUAUGUUGAAAUGAACAUCAGUCAAGAUUAAUAAGUGUUGUAAACAUAUUGUUCAUAGUUUACUAAUGUUAAGAAAUAAAAUCUGCUGGACACAUUUUGUGUUCAGUGAAACAGUCAUUCAGGUUUGGAGCAACAUGAGUAAGUGACAGUUUUCAGUUUUAGGUGAAUCAUCCCAUUAAUAAAACGACAUUCCAAGUUUCCUUUAACACCUGGUAAACAUUUUCAUUUGACAGUUUUGUGUUUUUCAGCAGGAAACACAAUAUUUACUUUUGAUUCUCAGAACUUGACAAGUUUGUAAAAUAAUAAAGGUCUCGAGUCCACAUAAUUCAA